AAUUUGGUCCACUCAUUUCUCAUCAUACCCAAUUCUGAUUUGCCAAUUAAAACUAAAAAAAAAAACAAGUGAAAAAGUACAGCACCCAUAUAUUUCCAUUUCGAGAACUUGCUCUGUAUAUUAAGCUCUUGUUGUCUUCAUAUUUUCCAUAUUCAGUUAUUGGUUUUAUAGAGUAGAGAAGGAAGAUAGAUGAGAGAUGUCUUCCACAGUGAAAGGAAUAUGGAUAAGGACGACAGCAGACGUGUGCAACAAUAAUAGGGUUUGGAAUGGGAAUUCAAACAAGAAGCAGUGUGAGAGAGUUGGGGGAAGAAGCACAAGAUUGCAGUGGCAGGACUUGGAAUUGCGCCUAAGAUCGACAUGGAAGAAAGCCAAGAGAUCAUAUCAUCCUCCAAUACGAGGCCAAGCAAUCCUUACCCCAGCAACGCCAUCCACCACCAUAAAGCGGGUAUUCACUUUUGGCAAAGGUGUAAGUCAAGGAAACAAAGCCAUGAAGUCCUUGUUGGGAGGAAAGGGGGCCAACCUGGCAGAAAUGGCCACCAUUGGGUUAUCUGUGCCUCCUGGACUCACUAUAUCAACAGAAGCAUGCCAAGAGUAUCAACAAAUUGGAAAGAAGCUACCAGAUGGCUUAUGGGAGGAGAUACUUGAAGGCUUGCAUUUUGUGGAGAAUGAAAUGGGAGCCAUUCUUGGGAAUCCAGCACAACCUCUCCUUCUCUCCGUGCGCUCGGGUGCUGCAAUUUCCAUGCCUGGAAUGAUGGACACAGUUCUCAACCUAGGAUUGAAUGAUGAAGUGGUUGCUGGGUUGGCUGAAAAAAGUGGAGAGCGAUUUGCUUAUGAUUCUUAUAGACGUUUCUUAGACAUGUUUGGAGAUGUUGUAAUGGACAUAUCACACUCAUUAUUUGCGGAGAAGUUAGAAAAUCUAAAGAAUACAAAAGGUGUUAAACUUGACACUGAUCUAACAGCCGAUGAUCUCAAAGAUCUAGUUGAGCAGUACAAAAACGUCUACCUUGAAGCGAAGGGAGAGAAGUUUCCCUCAGAUCCAAAGAAGCAGUUAGAACUAGCUGUUAAAGCCGUUUUUAAUUCUUGGGAUAGCCCAAGGGCUAUUAAGUAUCGGAACAUUAAUCAAAUAACUGGGUUGAAGGGAACUGCUGUAAACAUUCAAUCCAUGGUGUUUGGCAACAUGGGAAAUACUUCCGGAACUGGCGUUCUUUUCACUAGAAAUCCAAGCACUGGGGAAAAGAAACUCUACGGGGAAUUUCUAAUAAAUGCUCAGGGAGAGGAUGUAGUUGCUGGAAUCAGGACACCGGAAGAUUUGGAGGUCAUGAAAACUUGCAUGCCAGAAGCUUAUAAGGAACUUGAGGAGAAUUGUGAAAUUCUAGAGAAACAUUACAAAGAUAUGAUGGAUAUAGAGUUCACUGUCCAAGAAAAUAGGUUGUGGAUGUUGCAAUGUCGAAGUGGAAAACGUACUGGUAAAGGUGCAGUUAAAAUAGCUGUAGAUAUGGUUAAUGAGGGGCUUGUUGAUAUUCGUUCCGCAAUCAAGAUGGUAGAGCCACGGCACCUUGAUCAACUUCUCCACCCACAGUUUGAGGAUCCAUCUAACUACAAGGACAAAGUGAUUGCCAUCGGUUUGCCAGCAUCACCAGGAGCUGCAGUAGGGCAGAUUGUGUUCAAUGCUGAUGAUGCUGAAGAAUGGCAUGCACAAGGAAAGAGUGUCAUCUUGGUGAGGAGUGAGACAAGUCCAGAGGAUGUUGGUGGUAUGCAUGCAGCUGCUGGAAUCUUAACAGCUAGAGGCGGUAUGACAUCUCAUGCUGCUGUUGUAGCUCGUGGAUGGGGAAAGUGUUGUGUAUCUGGUUGCUCUGAUAUCCAUGUAAAUGAUGCUGAGAAGGUGCUUGUAGUCGGGGAUAAGGUGAUAUCAGAAGGAGAAUGGCUCUCCCUAAAUGGAUCCACAGGUGAGGUGAUACAGGGAAAGCAACCACUUUCUCCUCCAGCUCUAAGUGAUGAUAUAGAAACUUUCAUGUCUUGGGCUGAUCAAAUAAGGCAUCUGAAGGUUAUGGCGAAUGCUGACACACCUGAAGAUGCAAUCACAGCUAGGCAAAAUGGUGCCCAAGGGAUUGGGCUUUGCAGGACAGAGCAUAUGUUUUUUGCUUCAGACGAGAGGAUAAAGGCAGUGAGGAUGAUGAUAAUGGCUGUUACCCCGGAACAGAGGAAAGUUGCGCUUGAUCUGUUGCUACCUUAUCAAAGAUCAGAUUUUGAGGGCAUCUUUCGUGCAAUGGAUGGUCUCCCAGUAACAAUCCGAUUGUUAGAUCCUCCACUUCAUGAAUUUCUUCCAGAGGGUGACCUCGAACAUAUUGUCAGUGAACUAACUUCUGAAACAGGCAUGAAAGAAGAAGAAAUCUUCUCUAGGAUAGAAAAACUAUCAGAAGUGAAUCCCAUGCUUGGUUUUCGUGGCUGCAGGUUGGGAAUAUCAUACCCAGAACUGACUGAGAUGCAGGCUCGUGCAAUCUUUCAGGCUGCUGUUUCAGUGAGUAAUCAUGGCAUCAAAGUUCUUCCAGAGAUAAUGGUUCCACUUAUCGGUACACCUCAGGAAUUAAGGCAUCAAGUGAGUUUAAUAAGGAAUGUUGCUGAAAAAGUGUUGUCUGAGAUGGGUUCCUCUUUAAGCUAUAAGGUUGGAACUAUGAUUGAAGUUCCAAGAGCUGCUCUAGUUGCAGAUGAGAUUGCAAAGGAAGCAGAGUUCUUUUCAUUUGGAACCAAUGACCUUACUCAAAUGACAUUUGGAUAUAGCAGAGAUGACGUUGGAAAAUUUCUUCCUAUAUACCUAUCAACAGGGAUUCUGCAGUAUGAUCCAUUCGAGGUACUUGACCAAAAAGGUGUGGGUCAACUCAUAAAGAUUUGCACAGAAAAGGGUCGUGCUUCUAGACCAAACUUAAAGGUGGUAACUUACCAUACAAAUUUGAACCAACAAAAUUUUGUUAUCCGUCUUAAUUAUUCUAAUUAUAUCGAAUUAAAACAUCUUUUUAAUUCUUUAUCAGGUUGGAAUCUGUGGAGAGCAUGGUGGGGAACCUUCUUCUGUUGCAUUCUUUGCUAAAAUUGGACUUGACUAUGUUUCAUGUUCUCCUUUUAGGGUUCCAAUUGCUAGGCUUGCGGCAGCUCAAGUUGCAGUUUAAGAAACAGUUACAAUUGUAAAUUAAUUAAUAAAAAAUGAAUAAAGGAAUGCUUUAUUAAUAACAUACUUAUAGAUAAAGGAAGGUUACUAACAUACUUAUAGAAGUGAAAGCAAAGAAAAAUUAAUAAGAAAAUCUUUGUAAUAAAAAAGAGAAAACAUUGUGUACAAUUAUUCAUAUCUUGUAAUUUGAUUGCAUCCCGUGUCUUCAUGUAUUUGGUUAUGAGACACUAGUGGUAUCAUUUGUCAAAUAAGACCGAUUCUGUAAAAUGAUUGUACAUGUAACUAUUCUAUCAGUAAUAAAAAUAUCCUUGAAAUUUUUUU